UUUCGAGCGGUAAGAAAGAAAAGAAAACCCGAUGACUCCAUAUUUAGAUUCAAUGGUUAAAUCUAACAACCGAGCGAUCCCGACUUUUUUUAUCCAAGACAAUGUAUUUCUAGUUUGCGGUUCUUGUUGAAUCUUUUUCACUGCCAGAUAUGAAAAACCAGAAUAAUUCUUUAAAGUAGGCAUGAAAAAACUAAAUAAUUUUUCCCCAUAUAUUUUGAAAGUAUAUUUACCUAAUUUAAAUGAAAGUAUGAGAAAUUAACAAUUCGAGAGCCAUUCACGCACCGUCCGUGAUCUUUAACAAGACAUUGCUCAUAAUACGACAACAACGUAACCUCCGACAUAAAAGAAAGGAGCCCAUUCAUUAUUUGUAAAAAAAAAAAAAAUUGAAAAAAGAGUUCACUAUCCAUCAGACCUCACCUCACUGUGAUUUGAUUUGAAACUCAUAAUCUCCAAGAGAAAUUUGGGAAGGUAUAUAACUUACGAGAGUUGAACAUUGUCCAUCUGUUUCAAAAUGAUUUUUCAUUUCUCCUGUUGCAGGAUAAAAAAUAAUAAUGCAGUAGUGUAUUAGUGUUUAUUUUCGCUUUUACUGUUUCCAUAGAAAAAAGCAUCUCAAAUUCCUCAAGAAUCCCAUGCCGUCCGUAAUCUUCAAUAAGAUGUCACUGAUAAGAAGCUUCUCCGGGAUUGAGUUGCGUUGCUCAUCCUUUCUGGUGGUUCCUUCGGCUUCUUUGCUUGGUUGGGAGAAGGCUUUACGGCGGCGAUCGAGGUCGGCCCAAAGAAUACGGUAAUCAAACAUAUAUAUACAGGAGGAGGAGGAGGAGGACUAGACUUUUGCUCUCAAAGAUUAGAUAGGCAAAAGGAGACUUGAUCAACUAGGACUCCGGGGCCGAGGCAAUCUAACUAAGAAAUCAAAAGAAUGUAAACAAUAUGACAUAGGAAACGACACCGUUGAAGGGGCGAGCCGAGAGCCCAUUCUUCCCCCAAGGGGCCAAGGUCAUGACUCAUGAAUCAUGAUCCAAUCCAUUCAUAUCACUCACUCCUUGCUGGGUCGGCCACAGUACUCUGUCAGCUCAUGUCACUCUUGAUUCAAUCCAUCUAUCGUCCAGACUCCAGUCCCUCUCUUCUUCUUCUUCAUCGACCUUUCAAUCCAAAACCCACGCUUCCAUCUUCCAAACACUCGGAAAUCCCCAUACACCUUCUUCGUCUCAUCAGCUUCCGAAACCGCUGUUUCCCAGUUUCUUCUCCGACCACGGCCUGAAGAAAUUGCUCCAUGUCAGCAGGCGACCACCAUCCACAAGAGCUCGAAGCUUCACCGCGGCCAAUGCUUUUAUCCAAUUCUCUGCUCGAGUCCCCUGUUCUCUGGGCUGGCAGGGUUUGCGUCUUCUAUGCGCUCUUGAAGAUCGGUUUAGCUGGAUCCAAGGCUAACCCACUUGUCUCGAGAACAAAUUCAAUCGAGGAGUUGGAUGGUGUGGAUGAAAGCGGCGGCAGCAGUGGAGCUGGUGAUUUGGGGUUCUCUAAGUGGAUUGAGUCAAUUCAAGGCAAACCAGAUAAAGAAACAUCUAACAAAUAGAAAUUAGUGAGCAAAUGGCAUCCCAUUCCCACCACCAAAGGCACACUCAGGAGGAACUACAGGGUGCCUUCAAAAUCUGAAGGAAGACGCCUCCUCAAAGCAGUUGCAAGUUUAUUAUCCGAGGAUGAUCACUUCACGGACGCCACUUCCCACAAGGUAAGACAACGACCACAACCCCAAGAAUUCAUAUGUGCCUAAUGUUAUUCAGCUUUAGAUUUACUGUUCUUCUUUGAACUUCACAGGGAUGUCAGAUUAGGAGGGAGAGUGGACAUGGUGAGAGUGUGCGCUGUAGCGACGUAAGGGCUCUCUUCGACGAACUGCCGACCCCUCACCUGAUUGUUGAGAUCACACUUUUCCCUGUUGGGUCUUUGACUGAGAAGGAUUGCCUCAAGGCUGAGAAGCUUGAAAGGGUGCUCACUGCUCAGGUCUGGGCCUUCCGUCUGAAAAGCACUACAAUUUUUUGAAUAUAACCCAACCGUAUCAUCUUACAUACGAAAUCCCCUUUUCAUCUACGUUACCAUGCUGAUUUCUAAUGAUAACUUGACUUUACACGAGAAAUGUUUGUUAGUUAAGCAGCCGGAUGAUGUGAACUCCUCUGAUACUCUCAAACAUAGAGGUGGCAAACGGAUUGGAUUGGUGGAUCCAAUGGAUUGCAGAUUCAUGGAUUGAAUCAAGUGGAUUGGUGGAUUAUCCAUAAAUCCAAUUGACAUCCUCAACUAAGGACCAAUAUGUAAAAAUGUGAAAAGUUUAGGUACUAAAAUGUAAUUUUCAAUGAUAUUUUUUGUAUAAAAAAUUAAAUUUUAGGUACCAAAAUGUAGAAUAUAAAAAGUAUAGGUACCAAAAUGAGAAUUGCCACCUCUACUCGAACACCUUUUCUAUGAAAUGUUUCAAUCCGAUUCCCCGCCUUUAUCAUUCUCACCCGGCCGUGAUCGAUAUCCUAAACAAAAAUGAGCCAAGCCGAUGAGCGUUGCUAACUAUUCCCACUGAUCCAUCCUUUCCUUCUUGGAGUUGGCCGCCCUUUUAACAAUGGCAAGACUGAGUGAUACAGUGCUUAUUAUAGAAUGUAAAAGGCGGUUUGAACUCGGUUGCCUUGCCAGCUGUACGCAUGGCACGCCCUAGCGGCCUGCGGGGGUCUCUCGGGUGCCUUCCGUGAGGAAGGAACUGACUAGCUGCCACUGAUCCUGGCCUAGCAAGCAACAAGAAAGAAGAGACUUAAUUUCGAAAUCGUUCCCAAAAAGACGAAUGUAACAAAUAAUCUAAUUUUGC